AUGCGCCGUUUCUGGUUAGUAGAGUUGUGUCUACUUUGUGGUGCCCACGGGUGUUGCAUUGCGUGCCUUCCCCAAGCCUGUUGUGUGGUCAAGUGGGAUAAGGACAGCCUAAGCCCAACCGAAGUUCCUAACUUAUCAGGAGCUUCUGUUGCCACUUCGCAAUCCGAUGCCUGUGACGACGUGCAGUAUCCUGAGGUCACCCUAUCCUUUUCCAGUGUACACCUCUGCACCUCGGUCCACGGGUGUUGUGUCACCCGCUGCCCAAACUCCCUCAUGGCUGAGUCAGGCACGGGGCGGUGGGUCCUGGUGACAGCUGACCGGGGGAUCGAGGUGGGUGCUCCGUCCCAUGGGAGGCAGCCGCUUGGGGGGCGAGUACUGCUGGCCCAGGUCUGUCAAUAUAAGGUCGAGGAUGGCUUGCUGGUGCUGGUGGGUGGGGAAGUCCACGACCUGGGUGAGGUGUAGCUGGUGUUGGAUGUCCCCACAGAUGACCAGCUUGGCGGCAGGAUACCUCACCCUCAGGGCAUCAGAAGUGUCAAUGAUGUGAGUGGUGAGUAUCUGUGCUGUGGUGGCUCGGGGGGGGUGGUACACUACGCACGCAAUGAUGGAGGCUGUGUUGCUGGGAUGGCAGGGGGGCAUAACUCUCACCCAUAGGGCCUCCACUCAGGCAGGAAUAUCGACAGGGAGAUGUGAGGGGCUGAGGGCGGA